UUUCUAAAGAAGAUAAACAACAACAACAACAACAACAACGACCGACCGACAAAAAAAAGGAAGAAAGAGAGGAACCAUUUUUUGAAGACUUCAGAAAUACUAGAUAUUUCGAAAGAUGGAGUUCAAGUUCAACGUCAAUAAACUUCUACCAAGGAAAAUUAACAAGGUUACUCAUAUUCUCAUACCGGAAGAUUUUAAAGGAGAUCGUCGUGAACUAAACGAAUGUCAACGGCAAAUAAGUAAAAUUUUGGACGACAUGGGAGAAGCUUCUGCAAAGGCUCAAGGAUUGAGUAAAUCAAUAACAAGUGCUGUUAAACUUCGUGACACAGAUCACAUUGUUUAUCUUCUCGUAGACAACGAAGCGAACAACAACCUGGGAAGCGUGGUAGGGUUGCUGAAAACUGGAUCAAAGAAUUUGUUCAUGUUCGAUGAAACGGGAGCGAAUUAUCAGUUGAGACCACGGUGUAUUUUGGAUUUUUAUAUUCAUGAAUCUCGACAACGUAUGGGACUUGGAAAUAUUCUUUAUCAGUACAUGCUGUCCGAAGAAAAUAUUAGGCCAGUGAAAUUAGCAAUUGACCGACCUUCGGAGAAAUUUCUUGCCUUUCUACAAAAACAUUAUGGAUUGACGAAAAUCAUUACGCAGAAUAAUAAAUUCGUUGUGUUCCAAGGAUUUUUCGAUGACGAAAUUCAAGAUGUCAGAGCUAAUAGAUAUAGUUUACCACCAAGACAUUCUUUUGAUAUCGGCACACCACCAAAUAAUAAUGCAGCGAAAAGUAAUAGUACGAAUGGUAUACCGUAUGUUUCUACAGUUACUCGUAGUUCUUACGGUAGAUACGCUGCUGGACGACCGCCAUGUUCAAUGGCAAACAUAAUCCAUAAUACCGCGAUGCUUGGUCAAUCAAUUGAACGUACAGGCGAGGACAUUAUCUCUUCUCCUAUUACAACAAAACUGGAACGACCACGAUCUUUAAGCUUGUAUUCGGAGGAAGAUCAAAAGCAACAUACAAAUGAAUUACCAAUUAUAUCAACGACAGUUGUUCCUAAUAAUGAAGCAACAUCAUUCGCUCCUGUUAUAAUAGAAACUGAAAAAACUGUUAAACCAUCCCCUUCGUGCAGCCAAGAAGUAACUGGAAACAAUCAGCACGGUCAUCUUGAUCUUAAAUUUUAUCAUUCACCGUUGUGGUAAAGAAAGAAAAAAAACCAAAAAAAAAAAAACAAAAGAGGAACGUUUAUAAAUGACAUUUAUCAGAAACAA